AUGAGUACACCAAUGAAUGCAACGUCGAACAACAGAAAGAAACUGCUACUGAUGGGGAGAUCUGGUUCAGGGAAGUCAUCAAUGAGGUCGAUCAUAUUCAGUAAUUAUUCCGCCUUUGAUACGCGUAGACUGGGUGCCACGAUUGAUGUGGAGCAUUCACAUCUCAGGUUUUUGGGGAAUAUGACUUUAAACCUUUGGGAUUGUGGUGGUCAGGAUGUAUUUAUGGAGAACUAUUUUACCAAGCAGAAAGAUCAUAUUUUCCAGAUGGUUCAAGUGUUAAUUCAUGUCUUUGAUGUUGAAUCCACCGAUGUGAUCAAAGAUAUUGAGAUUUUCACUAGGGCUUUAAAACAAUUGAAGAAGUAUUCACCGGAGGCUAAGAUAUUUGUUUUGUUACAUAAGAUGGAUUUAGUACAAUUAGAUAAGAGGAAUGAUUUAUUUGAAAUUAUGAUGGGUAAAUUACAAGAAACUUCAUCAGAGUUUGGGUUCCCCAAUUUGGUUGGGUUCCCCACUUCUAUUUGGGAUGAAAGUUUAUAUAAGGCAUGGUCACAAAUUGUUUGUUCAUUAAUACCUAAUAUGACCAUACAUCAAUCCAAUUUAAAAUCAUUAAAGAGUAUAUUAAAUGCAUAUGAAAUUAUUUUAUUUGAAAGAACAACUUUUUUGGUUAUUUGUUCAAGUAAUAUGAAUAUGCAAAAUGGUGGAGUGGAAGUAUUAGAUCCUAAAAUAUUUGAAAAAAUUUCCAAUAUAAUGAAGAAUUUUAAACAAAAUUGUACUAAAUUAAAGAGUGAAUUUAGAACACUUAUAUUAAAUGAUUCCAUUUAUGUUUGCGAAUUAUCAUCCAAUAUGGUAUGUUUUAUUGUAUUGAAUGAUCCUAAUGAUUCUCGAGAGAUGGUAUUGGAAAAUAUAAGGAAGGCGAAGGAAUUGUUUCAAUAA